CUUGUUCUCAUGGGUACACCCGGCACUCCACGAGAACAGAGCGCACCGAUAGUACGACGUUCGCGCUCGCGGGAAGAACAACUUUUCGCGUACUCGAAAUUGAAACGUGCUCGGCAACUCGAUUCAAAAAUUAGCACGCGCGCAGCGUGAUUCGAUCGCAUUGUUGCGCGCACUGUUUCUUCCAUCAAUCGAUCAUCGAUUUGAUUCGUCGGGUUGAAAAAACGACGAUGGCUCAUCCGAAAAAAUGGAGGAGUUGCAUGUCAGAAAACAUGCUGACGAUGCUUACAGUACUUGCUGUAGUGGCAGGAUCCAUUCUGGGAUUCAUCUUAAGGAACGUCAAAGAGGAAUCGUGGACAAAGCGCGAGAUCAUGUACAUUCAAUUUCCAGGAGACAUAUUCCUCCGGAUGUUAAAAGCACUUAUAUUACCAUUAAUCGUCGCUAGCAUCGUUAGCGCUAUUGGCGGUUUAGAUCUUAAUUUAUCUGGAAGGAUUGGUAUACGAUCAAUUUAUUAUUAUGCAUCAACGACGAUAUCUGCUGUGAUUCUCGGUAUAAUUUUGGUCUUGAUUAUUAGACCUGGAGAAUACAGUGCGAGUGGUAUGGUUGCAAACGAUAAUAUAAAGCCAACUAGAGAUAUUACAACCACAGAUACAAUAUUAGAUUUAAUCAGGAAUGUAUUUCCACCGAAUCUCGUACAAGCGUGUAUUGCUCAGUAUCGCACGAUACUAAUAGAGCCUGAAAAUAAAACAGGGGUGACUAUACAAGACUGGGAGAUAUCUCAUAAAUAUGGAGAUGGUACAAAUACUUUGGGCUUAGUUAUAUUCAGCAUUGUGUUUGGAAUAGCUCUUAGUAAAAUGGGUGAACAAGGGAAACCUCUCUUAUCUUUCUUUGACACUUUAUCUGAAGCAUCAAUGCUUAUUACUAGAUGGGUUAUAUGGACAUCUCCAAUUGGUGUGCUCUUUCUUGUUACCUCAAAGCUCUUAGAAAUUGAUGAUAUUGGUGCCAUUGCUGGACAAUUAAGUUUAUAUUUCAUUACAGUAUUAUUAGGUUUGUUUAUCCAUGGUCUAGGAACACUCUCUCUUAUAUUUUUCAUUUGCACUAAAAAGUUGCCAUUUAAAAUGAUGGGCAAGAUGACUCAAGUUUUAGCCACAGCAUUUGGUACCUCAUCGAGCACAGCCACACUUCCAGUAACGAUACAAUGUCUGGAUAAUAUGGGUGUCGAUCCGAGAAUUACGAGAUUUGUUGUUCCAAUUGGUGCUACUAUUAACAUGGAUGGAACUGCAUUAUACGAGGCAGUCGCUGCAAUUUUUAUAGCUCAAGUUAGAAGAGUUCCAUUGUCUCUUGGCAAUGUCAUUGGUGUUAGUAUAACGGCAACUGCUGCAAGUAUUGGAGCUGCUGGUAUUCCACAAGCUGGUCUUGUUACAAUGGUUAUGGUAUUGGAUACCGUAGGAUUACCUGCUGAAGAUGUAACACUUAUCAUUGCUGUAGAUUGGCUCCUGGAUCGUUUCCGAACAACGAUAAACGUUGUAUGCGAUGCACUUGGAGCUUAUGUAGUUGAACAUUUAAGUAAAAAAGAACUUGAAGCAAGCGCGAAUCUCCAGGAGGAAACAAUCGAACUCGCCAGAGUGAGGAAAACAGAAGCAUAAUUUUAUAGCUUUCUUGUUACAAAUUUUCCACGAUAUUAUACGAACACAAUUUUAUUGUGUUCAUGACAUUUUUUAUUUUACUUUAUAGUCAAUAAUUUGUACUAAUAUAUAUGUUGACUCUAAUUUUUAUUUAUAUGAUAAUCUAUAUAUAAUUAUGUAAUUUUAUUUAUAUGAUAAUCUAUAUAUAAUUAUGUAAUUACUAAGUAUUUUAAUUAACAGAAUGUUGUUAAAUACUUAAAAAAAAAAAAAAACUAUUACUGUUGCAUACUUAAAGAAAAAAAGUGAUUGAACAUUAAUGUACUUUAAAAGAGCUAAUCUUGACUUAUUUAUAUUCAUAAAUAUAUUAAAUACAUAGUUAUUGUUUUUUAUUUU